ACCGGCACCAUCACAGCCUGGAACAUGGCACGGCCUGGGAAGAAGAAUGCCGAGGGCUACGGGUUCGUCUCUGUCGAUGGCCAGGAGGACGACUCGAAGACGAACAACCUGUUCCUGUAUGCUGACAACAUCAAGGAUUCCAAGCUGCGGAGUGAGGCCAAGAUCUUCGGCUUGAAGCAAGGUCAGCGCAUCACCUUCAGAAUCGAGGACACCGGCGAAGAGCGCACGCCAGAGCGCCUUGGCAGUGGACGACGCCGUGCCUCUACGGGAUGGUGGUGGAGGAGGCGGAGGCGGAGGCGGCGGCGGCCGCGACCGCAGGCGCUCGCCGUCGCCGCCCCGCCGAGCGCGCUCGCGGAGCCCUCCCAGGCGUAG